CAGCAGCAGAAAGUCCAGGAGCGGUGGGAUUGGACUGCUCUGGGUCAGCCCCUGCUUUCUCAUGAUAAGGAAGGCAGGGCCGAGCUGCUGCUCUGCAAACAACUCAACUCUUUGGAGGAGAGCGGGGCCGGCUGGAGCACAAUACGGGACGGAGCCUCUGUGGGAGAGCGACUAAAGAACAACGGGGCAGCCAAGGAGACCACAGAAAUACUCUUCCCCCAAAUCCCCAAGUCCGCACAGAGAGAGGAGACAAAGACGGUGCAGAGAGCAACAAAAGCAUUCUUUGCUUUCAGUCCAGCACCAAAAGAAACAACUAAAAGAAAAACAAUAAGCUAAGCAAGAUCAUUUUCCCUUCAGAACCAAAUUGAAGGAGAAAGGUGUGACAGUUGCAUUUGUAAUCAGAGCAACAUCUCCAAAAACCAAGGUGAGGGCCAGAGGAGCUGUGCUGCAUGAAGGACGGAUCCAUCUGGAGGAAGACAAGCUCAGAGACAGGAUGAGGGCGACGCUGACCGUCACCUGGCUGCUGCUUUCACUGAGCAUCUGUUCAGAGAUCAGUGACGUUUCCUCCUCAAAGUCACUUGAAACAGAGAAAUCAGCAAAUACUACAGGUGGUUUAACCACUGCCCCAGCCUCAUCAGCAUCCAGUAAUCAGUCUGAAAAGCCAACCAGCGUAGCCCCAUCCACAGGAACAGUGACUCAGCAGCAACCCACAACAGUCAUCACCAAACCUCCCACUACUGCUACGGCUCUGACAACCGCUACUACAGCACAGUCAAACACCAGUGCACAGAUAUCAGUCAUAUCUGCCACCAGUUCUGGUGCCAUCACUCCCUCAGCCACCACUGUCACCACCGCCAUUACGACUGUCAUCCCUACCUCGGCUACAGGGUUUCCUGCCAGUAACAGCAAUACAGAGUUGACUACAGCUACUGAGUCCAGCAGAGGCACUACGGCAUCGGCCUUAAAACCAAGUGAAAGUGCCGUGAAAAAGACAGACAACACAGACGCUCCUACAGCUGGUCCAACCGUGAGGGCAACGUCUCAGAGGAGCCAAGCAACAUUGACGACUGCUGGCAGCAACGAGAGCAACAAUGCAGGUCCCACCACACAGACUAUGACCACACCUUCAAACUCCGACCAGGUCCCAGAGAGGAGCUUCACCUCCAGCCAAACUCCGACUGUAAAAGACUCUCAUGUCAUCACUAAAAGCCUGACCACUGCAGAUACAACACAGGCUGGGGGGACUGAGACAAACACUGAGACAUUUAUGUUUUCUCUGAGCGAUUCAGAGUCAGCGAAAAACAAAACUCUGGUGCAAUUGUGCAAGAGCAUCAUGUCCAGCCUGCAUAACGGAACCUGCCUCGUUACGCUGCUGAACAACGGGAGUAAGAUUGGCAGUUUGAAGAUUGAAGUCGACUUCAAUCUGGUACAGGAGCAACUUUCAAAACUCAACGCAGAAAUAAAACCUGCUGAAGAACCGACAGACAACAAAACCCUGACAGCCAUCCUGGCCUCCUGCGGAGCCCUCCUCAUCAUGAUCAUCAUCCUGGGCGUCUGCGUGUCCCAACGCCGCAAGCCGUACAACGAGAACCAGCUGCACCUGACCGAAGAGCUGCACACAGUGGAGAAUGGUUACCAUGACAACCCCACACUGGAGGUGAUGGAGGUGCAGCCAGAGAUGCAGGAGAAGAAGAUGGCGCUGAACGGGGAAUUCAGCGACAGCUGGAUCGUCCCCAUCGACAACCUGAUGAAGGAGGACGCUCCCGACGAGGAGGACACCCACCUGUGAGGACGAGGCGGCUGGGCCAGGGUUCCACCCACUCCCACACCACACCGCUGGUGUUUGAAACAGUGGCAAAAUCUAACAUACUGGAUUAAAUUGAAAAACUUCACCAAAUCAAUCAGUCUAUAACAUUUCUCCAAAAAUCUGCCAUGGUUGACAUUCUGCUCCCCCAGCCCACCCUGUAAGUAUAUCAGUGAGUCUCUGACAAACAAUUAUGCCUUUUGAAAACCAGCUAGAAUGUCUGCUCAGAGAGUUAGAAAUAUGUUAUGGAAAACUCACUCAUGUGCCGCCCAUUCUCACACACCGCUCUGGGUGAAGAGCCACACUCUCUCUGCAUGUCAAAAACCACCACAGCCCACUCACAAAAGCACCAAUCACUUACCGCACUUGUAAUUUACAAAAAGCAACGGGACGGAAAAGCCCGGAAACGUGGUUCUGUUCCCGGUCCGGCUGGGUAACCGUGUUUCUGAUCUCCUCGGCUGGUCCAGAGUUUUAUCUUAGACGAACUCAGGAUACUUUAAAGCAUUCUGAUGAUCCGGAAGAAGGCUGAACAGAUCCAGCUGAGUACUAACAUCUCACCUGAGGAAGCCCAGCCUGUACAGGCAUGGCAGAUCAGUAGGAGUCACAGAUUACUGACAAGGUCACAUGUGAAUAUUAUGCUUUUUAGCUCCUCAUUUAUUAUGUUUUCAAUCAAUUAAGACAGAACACUGAAUAUUUAAUCAUAUAUUUUAUGAAAUAUUGAUGAAAUAUCUGCUCUCAUGCAGUAGGAGUUCAUGAGUGGAAGUUGCCACAAAGUGUUCUGCAAAUAGAGGCUCGAUUGCCAACUUUUGCAAUGUCUGCUUGCUUUUAUUAUAUGUUUUGUCAGAUUAUUUGAUAAUUCAUUUGAAAGUUACAGGGUUUAAAAAUCAUGAGCUCUCUGACAAUCAGAUCUUGUUUCAGCUUUGGAUGGGAUCGUUUUGUAGCACUGACAGACUGAGCUCCCAGGAACGUGCUUUAGGAAUUAACCAGUAAAAAAACAGACAUCACUGAGCUGUUCAAAUAUUCACAUAGGAUCAAGGUUAAAUAGAACGAGCAUCAAAUUUUCAUAGAAAUGUAAAAUAUUACUUUGCACCUGCCACCUUUAGCUGCUGUUGGGUUUAAGUGAUUCUGUUGAGCUGCAACGUAACUUCAUCUAAUACUGCAGAUGAGAACUACCAGUAGAACCGCUUCCAACUUCACACAGUCAUGAAUCUAUUAAUCAUGAAUGUGAUACAGAAACAAAAUGGAAAAAGAGACAACACAGAAAAAAUAAAGAAUUGUUUUACACCUAAAAUUAUAUCUGACGACAAUCCAAUGUCAGAACUAGUAAAUCCGUGGCCUUGUACCUCACAAAUUUCUGAGACGUGAUCCGGGUUAGGAGGCAGAGCAGGGAAUGCCCCAGAUAUUUGCUCCACUCAUCCUGGCCGUAUUCAGAUGUCAGUGUCUUAUUUUGCCCUACCCACUCAUGGAGAACCACUUGGUACCAUUCUUAGUCCCAAAUUGUUCUUCCUCUGUACCCUUUUCAGCUCUUAUUUAAGAAAACAAGAUUUUAGUUCCAAAAGUGUCCAGAUGAUCCUCAGUGAUGAUGAACUACUAAAAUGACUUCCAGGUUAUAGCAUGGAGCCUCCCAUUAACUAUCUGGAGCUGUUCUCUUUUAAAAGAGUCACAAUCUUAGAACGCCGAAUAUUCUAAGAUUGUUGUAAGGGGAAAAUCGGGGCAAAAAAAAAUUGUGCAGUGUGAACAGGGCUUUAAAUGAGAUGGAUAGUUCAAACUGAGGGAUCUGUUGAGCAGGUAAUAUCUUACCUGCAGCGGACAGUUCUCUGAACACCUCCGCUGCUGACAGAACACACCAGAGCCUGAACCCACGUGGUCCAAUCGGGGGCAGAUUUCUACAACUCUACUGACACCAUGUCACAGUGGCAUUCAUCUGGUAUUAACAAGUAAAAAUUAAUUACACAUUCAAUUAUUUGUAUAUUUAAAAAAAAGCUCCAAUUUACCAACAAUCUGUACCCACAUAAAAGUCUCACGCAAAACAAAGUGAAAUGAGAUAAAUUCAUCCAACCUGACUAAACUUUCCAUGAAGUAAUCAAAUAAACAACUAAAGUGUCAGAGUGGUUUGACUAAAUACCAUCUUAUUAAAUUCAUUUUUCUCCAGAUGAGGCCAGAAAAGCACAUGAAGAACUCCUUCAUGGACAUAACUAACGCUGCACAAUAUAUGGAAUGCAAAUUCAUAACCACAAACUGUUGGGAUGCAUUUGGUAAUGGAAAAUACAGGAUAACUGUAAUCAUGACCAUCAGUAAAAUUCUCACACAAUGGAAUUAAAUGCUUUCCUGACAUUGUGCAGUUCUGGUAAAGACAAUAUGUAACAUAUGUUGCAAACAAAUUUAGAAUAUAGAAUUACCAUCAGAAUUUUGAGACAAAUUGUUCCAAAUGGAUAGAAAAGCGUUUAGUUUCCAGUGAAAAGCUGACCUGCUUCUGUGUUUAUUUAAACUCGAGAUGUUGCGAGUUAAGAAAUCACCUGCUGCCCACUGGAGAAGAAAACAACCCAUUUUCUCACAAUAUGAGAAAGCCUGUACAUAGCUGUAGGAUUCAUGUUGUUUUUUUUAAAAGAUGCUGCUGAUAUUAAAGAAAUCAAAUCACAUUUAUUCAGAGAUGAUCACACAGAGAUCAAUUAUUUUUUUCUACAGUUUCGAUCUUUUUCAACCAAUCAAGAACUUAAUGUAUAUUGACUUUCUAGCUACACAUAUAGAGGAAAAUCAGGCACUUUGGGCUCUUCAGUCCAAGGCCCCCAUUCCGCUGUUUUUUUUUUGUGUGUAAAAUGUCACUUUUUUUAUAGAUGUGUUACUUUCACCAGACUAUGUUAGCAUUCUUUAAUGUAUUUAUGGUUUGUUUGCUGCUGAAGGCGAACAGGGGUCUGACACACUGGAAACUGUAAAUUGUUGAUGGCUUUUGCCAUCGUCUUCUUGUAUCUGUUCAGAUUUGAAAAUAAAACCCUUUUUUUUUU